CACAGUUUUUUCAUUCGGGCAGGGUUGUCAAACACUCCUGCGAGCUCCAGGCUUAUUUCCCAACAAGAGUGACAGCAUUCUGAAUGGAUAUUCUAUCAGGUGGUGUAUGGAUAUGGCCGACCAAUGGAUGAGGGUCGUAUCUACGUAGACAAGGCUAGGUGAGGACAUAGUCAUAGUGUACACACAAUAAACGUGUGGUUUUCAUGGUGCAAAAAAUAGGGAGAGUGUUCCUUCCUGCUAUGACCAACGAGAGAGCGAGGCGAAUUUCUGACCUGCAAGCGUAGAGGUACUAGAAGACCAAGACGGCGCAGAAUUUCUGACCCGUUACUAUUGCUGAGGCUCCUUUUUUGUUGCUGCAUCGGAUUCUGGUUGCAUGGUCUCCAUUGUGUUUUGUCUGAGAGCAUUGCUUUCCCUUAAGAGAGUUCUAUUCUAAGAACUUCACGACGAGGACCAACUGAACGAACAAAUCUACUAGCAGCAAGUACAACCUGCUGCUAAUUUGAUUGUUUACGAAAUAAGCAAUGAGAGAUACGUUGAAGUAAGUGGAUAAUGAUGAUGUGGCUGGUUUUAAUGAGGACUGUAACCCACCAAGUGCGCAAGAAAUAAUGAAUAGAUCUAGAAAAACAUAUGUAUAACGAUAACCUGUUGUAGGAGAUCUACGUACUAGGUGAGAAUUCACUAGGUGAAGCUUCACCUCAACAUAAAGACAAAAGAUGAGAUUCUUCCUCGCUCUGCUGGCAUGUGUCAUGCCCCUCUUCCUGGCUCAGGAAGUACGAGAGGCGGCGACGGUAUUGACUUUGUUUAUGGUCUCUCGUGAAUGGAAAAAUUAGAAUUGAUUUUAUGAUUUAUGACUCGAGGCGCCUAGAAUAAACGGAUCCUAGCUAUAGUUCUUUUUUAGAUACUUGGAUUUCUUGCUUUUUAUGUAAUUUUGUUUCCUAGUUAGACGUGCUCCACCAGUAUUAAGAUCAAAAAAAAUCAGAUGCAAAAUAACACAAAUACUAACAUCCUUGAUAUCAUCAAUCGUUUUUAUGAAGAUGCUCUCUAUGCUUGCUUUCCUCUUACUUUCACCUCUUUCUAUAAUUUGUGAACACUCGAUUGAACAACCACAAAAAGAAGCUUGAUAUCAUCACGCAGGUAGAGCAGGUCCCGCUUGAGGUAGGAAAGAUGCCACCGACAGAAUUGUUGAAUGCACCUGCUUCAGCAGUUGCCGCAGCAGCAGUCGUCGCGCCGAAGACGACAGUACUUAGAUGUUUGUGACUUUUCACUUUGGUGAACAAGGGAAGUGUAACCUUGCAGAUCUACGGUGCUAGUACUUCUAGUACUUCUUUAACACCCCAAUUGAUUGAUUUUGUUUUUCUCCAUGUACAAAAGAAAAAAGGAACCCAAACAUCCUCGCGUCAACCACAGCUUGCCGCCUACACACUUUUGCCGACCCCGACUCCGAAUGUGCUUGCGGCAUUUUUUGCACUAUUGUUGUGGAUCACCAUCUUCCUCAUGGGAUUCUGCGCUUUGUUCGGCAUUGAUGUACUUUUUUUUUCUCGUGAUGUUUCAAAGCAACGAGCUGUCGUUCUUUCACUGUCAUACUUGCUUCCUCUAGGUUGCAUCCUGAGAAUUCUCAUCAUUCAACAAGUGUAAAAUUUAUUACUAUGUCAUUCUUCAGUAUAAUGUCAAUCUUCAGUAUAAGCAAACUGAAACAAUACGACCAUACACAGUCCCCCACGCGCUUCGUCGAGAAGGGACUCAAUAUGUCCAAGGAGUACUAAGUGCGAACCCGAAGUAUGAUUUUUUUUUGCGCACGAUGUAUGACAGACACAAGUUCUUUCGCAGCUAGAUGGAAAUCGAAGACACGACAGGAUCAAGGAAAUUCACGACAACUUGGAAAUGAAAAUACAUAGAAGUCGUGCUUGGAGAUCAUGGAUGCGGAAACCACAGAAGCUUAUUUGUAUUGCUGAGUCAAUCACUGACACUGUGUGAACAAGACAUUUUUUAUGAGGCAGAUGUCCUCGUUCCCAAGAGAUACAAACAAGUCACAUUCAGACUGCCACUAAAUUUUACAGUGGUAUGUUGGUGUGACUGUGAAGAGAUGACAUCUAUUCUAACUAGUCGUUCCCAUUCUUGCGCUAAAAGUG